CCACUUCCGGGAACGAAGGGGCGGAGACCCGUAAUCCGGAAGUGGUGCCAAAGCCUCUUCCGGUUCUGCUCGCGUUGCGUUUUUCCUCGCGUCACCGCCGGCAUGAAGCCGAUCCUGCUGCAGGGCCAUGAGCGGUCCAUUACGCAGAUUAAGUACAACCGCGAGGGAGACCUUCUCUUCACGGUGGCCAAGGACCCGAUUGUCAAUGUAUGGUACUCUGUGAAUGGUGAGAGGCUGGGCACCUAUAUGGGCCAUACCGGAGCUGUGUGGUGUGUGGACGCUGACUGGGACACCAAGCAUGUCCUCACCGGCUCAGCUGACAACAGCUGUCGUCUCUGGGACUGUGAAACAGGGAAGCAGCUGGCCCUAGUCAAGACCAAUUCAGCAGUCCGGACCUGUGGCUUUGACUUCGGGGGCAACAUCAUCAUGUUCUCCACGGACAAGCAGAUGGGCUACCAGUGCUUCGUGAGCUUCUUCGACCUGCGGGAUCCGAGCCAGAUUGACAACAACGAGCCCUACAUGAAGAUCCCGUGCAACGACUCCAAGAUCACCAGUGCUGUUUGGGGACCCCUUGGCGAGUGCAUCAUUGCAGGCCAUGAGGGCGGAGAGCUCAACCAGUAUAGCGCCAAGUCUGGGGAGGUAUUGGUGACUAUUAAGGAGCACUCCCGGCAGAUCAAUGACAUCCAGUUAUCCAGGGACAUGACCAUGUUUGUCACUGCAUCCAAGGACAACACAGCCAAGCUCUUUGACUCCACAACCCUUGAACACCAGAAGACUUUCCGGACAGAACGUCCCGUCAACUCAGCUGCCCUCUCUCCCAACUAUGACCAUGUGGUGCUGGGCGGUGGUCAGGAAGCAAUGGAUGUAACCACCACUUCCACCCGGAUUGGCAAGUUCGAGGCCAGGUUCUUCCACUUGGCCUUUGAAGAAGAGUUUGGAAGAAUCAAGGGUCACUUUGGACCUAUCAACAGUGUUGCCUUCCAUCCUGAUGGCAAGAGCUACAGCAGCGGUGGAGAAGAUGGUUAUGUCCGCAUCCACUACUUCGACCCACAGUACUUUGAAUUUGAGUUUGAGGCUUAAGAAGCCGGAUCUCUGGGAAUUCCCUGGCCAUCCAGUGAUUAGGACUCCGAGCUUCCACUGCACACACACACCACAGCACACCACAGCACAGCACACCAACACACACACACACACACACACACCAACACACACACACACACACACACCAACACACACACACACACCAACACACACACACACACACCAACACACACACACACACACACACACACACACACACACACACACACACACACACACACACACACACACACACACACACACACACACACACACACACACACACACACACACACACACACACACACACACACACACACACACCCCGGAUCUCCAUAUGGGCCAGGUUCACAGAAGGCUUUGGACUCUGAGAAAUACAUUAGUUUGGAAAUAAA